UUUUAUUUUGGGUGGCCCAGGGAGCAGAUGUUGCAAAUACUACUCAGGAUAACAGAAGCUGUCAUGCAGAAGCCAAAGGAUAAACAAAUAAAGGACUUGUUUGCCCAGAGCUUGGCAGGGUUACUAUUUAGGACGCUCAUUGUGGCUUGGAUACGAGCAAACCUCUGUGUGUACAUUUCUCGGGAGCUCUGGGAUGACUUUCUUGGUGUGCUGUCUUCCCUCACGGAAUGGGAGGAACUCAUCAAUGAGUGGGCCAACAUCAUGGACUCCUUGACAGCAGUGCUUGCAAGAACCGUUUAUGGAGUUGAGAUGACAAACCUACCUCUGGAUAAAUUAAGUGAACAAAAAGAAAAGAAGCAACGAGGCAAAGGCUGUGUUCUAGAUUCUCAGAAAGGGACCACUGUGGGGAGAUCCUUUUCUCUCAGCUGGAGGAGCCACCCGGAUGUGACCGAGCCAAUGCGAUUCAGGAGUGCUACCACAUCUGGAGCCCCAGGAGUUGAGAAGGCAAGAAAUAUUGUUCGCCAAAAAGCAACUGCUAAGCGAAGCCAGUCUAUCAGCAACUGUGUCCACCUUUCUGAGGCUUUGCCUGCCACUAAAAGCGUCCCGCUCCUUCUUCACACCAUGAGCGCUCUCUUACCUGGUCUUUCUUACUCCUCUUGCUCUCACAGGCUGUCAGGUACUGUAACACACUCUGUUGUGUCCAUCAAUGUCCUCCAGCUUCUCCUGCUUGCCUCUAAGCCUUGCUUCCUUUGUUGAUAUUCCCACAUCACACAUGCAUGUCUGACCAUUGCACUUGCAUUAAAUUUCAAAGACUAUUGAUAAUUGUUUUUCUGUAGUUGAUGUUUGGUAGCAAUUAGUCAAAAGUUCCAACAACCUCACCAAUUACCAGAUUCAUGCUGAUAAUUGAGAUUUUAGGUGGGGGAAGGAAAGAAAAAUAAGGCUAAACAGUGUUAAUUUCCAAAAGAAACAUUUUGUUCAUGGACUUCAGCCAAAUGAAAUUAAAUUUAGUCAUGUAUGGUUUACAUACAGUGUGCUCUUGAUUUAUUCAGAUGUUGCAGCUCCUGUCACAGUAGGUUGAGAAAAUAGUUAAUAAUCAUCUCAAAAUACCUAGAAGAGAGUAUUUUGAGUGUACGCACCAUAAAGAAAUGAUAAAAGUUUAAAGUGAUAAGUAUGCUAAUUAUCUUGAUCUGAU